AUGGGAGUUGGCCGGCUGGAGCUGAACACUGUGGUCGACAACACUGGAGCUGGGUGCGAGCAGAAGAAAAGUCACAAAGCCAGAAAGGUGGUGCGCCUCAGAGACUGCCUGAGCGUCACCGCGGCUCCCAAAGAGUCCUGCCCCCCAGAUUGUGAAUCAUUUUACUUGAACACCACAUCGACGACAUACACCCUGGCUUCUCCGGCAACCCAGGACUGGAUAAGUGCCCUCUGUCUUCUGGCUUUCCAGCAGGAUCCCGAAGACGCAGACAAAGGGGCUUUCGAUAGAGGAAAUGGCCUGAUCCUAGAGGAUAAUGACUUGUAUUCUUCGUGGGAAAGUGAUGCAUUGGAACCCCCAAAGGCCCACUUAGUGAGUGUGCGUCUCACAGAGGCAUCGCAGAGGUGUAACUUAAGUGGGGACUACCUGAUCUCACCUGAUGCGGACGCUCUACUGCUGCUCCACCCCGAAACCCAUGACGUCAUCUUCCACUGGCCCUACAAGAUGCUCCGUAAAUAUGGCCAAGUCGAGGGAGGAUUCAGCAUAGAAGCGGGUCGACGCUGUGAGUCAGGAGCCGGAAGCUGA